GAGUUUAAAAUUCCAGUACAAUUUUUAUUUAUUUAAUUCUCAUUUGGUAGAUAGAUAAUCAGCUUAAACCAUGUUGCACUGCCAAGUGGAUGGAUCCAGUGCAGAGCAAUGUGAGUGUCCUUUGACGCACUCAGAGAAUUCUGCAGAAACUUCCAGUGCGGCAGAACUCCCAGCUAAGGACUUUAUCAAGCCACUGGAAGUCCAAAGUCCGCUGACAACCAACAUAGAAGAGUCCUUUAAGGUGGACUGUAAGCUUCCGCUGCAUACUCUUCUGUCACCAAUUAACAUCACCGAUCCAUUGCGAAAGCAAAUUGAGAUCAAGCACCUGUUAGAUUUUCAGUGUGGAUUGGGUGAAUUAUGCUCUUUUGGACCAUUUGAACACAUUUCAAUGUCAGAGCUGUCCAAAGAGGAUACAACCAUAAAGCCGUAUUUUAUUCCGGAAUUACAAAUGGCUUGUGCUGGCCAAGAAGCUGAGCAAGUUGCGGAGAAAACUGUAGUUGAUAUACAGGAACCAACUGCACCACAGACGAAGCUACAAGAAAAUCAACCCAUCAACGAUGAAACUAUGUUACCGCCGUUGGAAGAGAUAAAUAUUUCCAGCUUAGCAGGAUCAAAGGAACCAGCGAUGGAAGAAACAAAUAUACCCUGCACUGAAGAAUCCCAUCUGAACGGAACCGAAGAAGUAAACAGGCCCAUAAGUGAUCAAAAAAAUAGCCAACUACUUGAAAGUGAUAUUAAACUCCAGCCAAAAUCACUUGGAAUUCAAAUACCACCACUACAGAUCGAAGAACUCAUUUCUCCAUUAGUAGAACAACCCAAGCCAGUACCCAAAAUAGGCUUAUUUAGUUCUCUGACAGGAAACAAGUUGGCUUUAACACCGAGUGUGAGGCUCUCUUUUGGCGAUAAUACGACGAGCAGGAGAAACAUACGAUCCAAGGAGAUUAUUCAACAGCAAGCUUCCAGAUCAUUAAAGGCUCUUAUUUCUAUUCUAACAUUGCAAACAAAACUAGAAGCAUCAAUUUUUGAUAAUUCCCACAAGAGCCGAUCGAAACGAUAUGAACAAGUGAAAAACUCCUUAACCUUUUCAAGGGUGUUUAGGCAGAACAUUUUUCAGCCGUCUCUGGAGCUAGAAAGCCGCAAUAUGAAUAGAGAUGGAAACUCACUGGAAUCUGGGGAACCUCAUUUAAAAACUCCACGUGUAUACAAAGAACCACUACCCAUGGCAUACCGACUAGAUGCCAGCGAAGGACUAACUUGCAAUGGCUUGAGUGUGAGCAAGGAUUCAGUGUUUAGUGAGGCCUCCGAAAGUGAUGUAUCGGAAACGCAGAAUAAGUUAUUUGUGAUGAAAAAACCCCAGCAAGUGCUCAGAUCUACCAGAUCGAUGGCCGAUCUAGGGGACAUUCUGCAUAAUGGUAGGGUAUUGUUCAGCCAGCCGGUAAGACUGUUCUGUUUCAACAAGUUGAAGGAGUGGAAACGGCAAGGUAAAGUAGCACCUUCCCAAGAGAGUCCUUACCGUUCGCCCUCCUUCUCAGGCGAGGGUCAAAUCGAGGUGUUCGAGCACCACGGCUCCUACUACAUAGUGCUCCAUGACAAGGUCAGCGGCGAGCUGAUCAUCCACAUGCGGGUGGACGAGAGGUGGCGCAUCGACUACAUGACCAAGAGCUCCUACAGCUGCCGCUGGACCAACAUCAACUACGCCACCUGCCGCGAUGGCAUCCUGGAGCGGAUCGCCUGCUCCUUCCGGGAACCCAGUCACGCGGCCGAAUUUGUCGCCCGGGUGCGGAAUAGUGCGAUCCAGUCACGCUUCGAACGCAGUUCCUAAUUUGUAAAAGGAUUUCGUUUCAAGCCUUCUAGUUGACUUCCCUGGGAAGUCCUUGGUGUUUCUUGCAUUCGUGAGCCAUAAAUUUUUGUGUGAUCUUUGAAUAUAUUUUGUUAAUAUUGUGAAUUGAAUUUUUGAGAAAUUAGAGCUAACAAUCAAGUGAA